UUAUACAGUAAUGUGAUUUAAUUUAAAUGUCGGAAAGGCAAAGGAAAACACUGGUUUUUUUAUAGAGGAAUUUAAUACAGAGAGCAUCUGUUGAUACGCGACUCGACAUACCUUCCAGCUGUAUCUGCCAAGAGCCCUUUGGGUUUGGAUCUGGAUGGGUAUUGCUUCGUUGUACUUUCUUGAGUGUUCUUCUGUACAGUAAUGUGUGAUUAAUUUAAAUAUUGGAAAAGCAAAGUCAAACACCACUUUUCUACUGAGAACUUUAAUGAUACACAACUUCAAACUGUACUCAUCAAGAAGGUUUGGAUCUUGAUGGGUACAAAGUUUCUUUGUACUUGAGCAUUUUCUUUAUACAAUAACAAAGCCAGAUAUAUCUACCUUAAUUUAAUUACCAUAAAAAAAAGAAAAAAAAAUUUCUUGAAAAUAUAUUGAGUAUUACUGUGGUACACUUUACGUAAUAAACAAUCCAAGUUAUACUUUUUUGUAUAUAUAACAUUUAAAUUUUUGCUGUUUAUUAUGAGUGUAGAACUUGAAAUCUUAUACAGGCAGAGUAUGUGUAAACACCUGUAACAGAGUUCAAGUGAUAAAAUUAAUUAUAUAUUUCGUCUUACUAAGCAGGUUUCCCAACUUGUUUAAAAAAUAAAAUAACAUUUCGGUGCCAUAUUGCUUAUAAUCAGAUAAUAAGAGAACCGAUUUAAAUGAAUAAAUUUUUUUUAAUGAUAAAAUUAUUUCGAACUCUAAGCUAAAAAAUUGAGAAAAAUAAAUAUAAAACUCGAGAUUUAAGUCUGUGAUUGUUAUUGUCUCGUGCGUGUGCAUCGUUGUCUUGUCCUCAUCAUCACUAUCGGAGGAAUUCAUUUGAAAUACAUUUAAAAAAAUAACCCUGUAAUUUCUCGGGUUUGCAUCGUUUUACUGCAUACGUCGUCGUCUUUAUAUGAUUAUUGAUUGAAAGUUUAUUUAUAGGACCUAUAGCUUGAAUUUAUUUGAAUAAUGACUUUAGCAAGAUGAAUUUUUCUUAAAUAUUAAUAUAAAAGAAAUUAUUUGUUGGAAUUGUUUGCUUUUUAUAUAUAUGUGUGCAUAGAUUCAAAAUACAAGUGCUCUAUACUAGUUUAAGCUAGAAAUUAUAACCUUAGUUACCAACCGAUCGACAGUUGUCGUCAAAAUUUUAUUUACGGAGUAAACUGCAACCUUUGAUGCCUUUGAUCGGAUCCGGCGUUCGUUUAUGCUUGUGUUUAAAAGCCUCAGAAUGUCUCAUACAAACACCAUUUAUUUUGCAAAGUGCCACAUUAUUUAGAUGUGUUUGUUUUAAGCAAAUUUGGAAUAUUCUCCCUUCCUCCUCUUCCUUUUUUUUUCUGCUGCUUAAGAGGAAAUAGUGACCAGUGCAGAUUUCUUAAUCUUCCACUUGAUCGUGUAUUUACCUAAAACAUGCACAAUUCCAAAUUAGGUCAUUCUCCAUUCCACUUCAGUAAAGAGUGAGAUAACUGAACCAUAUGACCUCAUUUUAAAAAUUUGUGUUUCUUAUUAAGGUAAACUUAAUGAACGGUUGUACUAUUUUUUGAUAUAUUUAAUUCUUUACGGCGGCAUUAAGGUCACGAGCCGCAAUACCUAUAUAUAAAUACGCUUCGAAAUAAUAACUAAUAUUUUCUUUAUAAGUUACAAUGGGCGUUUAAAUGACAGAAGAUAUGCAGAAUAUUUCCUGUCGAAAAUGCGUCGCAUUAGAAAGUGCAUAAGCGCACCUAAUAUUGCACAUUAACAUGAAAUUUUGAUUUUUUUUAAUGGCAAUUUAGGUAAUUAGGAAGCUUUAUUGUCUACAUAUUAUAAUUAGUGGAUCUCUAAUUGCCAUUAUGAUAUAAUUAUGUUUGUGUGGAGAAUUUAGAAAAAUCAUGCAAUUAAAAAUAACAGCAAUACCUUAUAAAAAAAUAAAUUUGAAUCUAAUUUGUGUAUAAACAAUUUGUGUAGUAAACAAUGAAUUUUACAUUUAUCCUUAGUUACUUUAUUGUAAUUUGAUCUAUUUUUGUUAUUAUUAUUUGUAUAUUUUGUUUGGAGUAUCUCACUUUACAUGAAUCAGCAUAAAAUCAUUAUUAUUAUUACUUUUUUUUUUUUUAAUUUUCAUUGCAUGGUACUGAUAUUUUAAUAGAUAAUGGAGGCAACUUACUAGCUUACUAUCGGGGCCAUAAAUGUUUAUAAUUAUAUUAUGUAAUUGAUAAAAGAUAAUAAUAUAUAAAAGUUUCAAGGAUGUCGGACGUUUAAAAAUUAAAUGUCACCGUAUCUGUUUGACGAAUGCAGAUAAAGAAAUUUAAGUUUUAUUACUCACUUGGAUACGACCUCACGCCUUAUCCAUUUUAUUCGUUCUCGGGUCUAAUUUCUUACCUUUCAUUUAUUUAAGCUGCGAUUUCAUUAAAAUUCGCAGAUGUUCUUAACGAGUUACAAAAGCACUCGAUAACCAACUUCCGCGGCAGCAAACGUUUGACCUAUUGUAAACGAAGCACCGCUACGAUACGUGAUUCUGAUAUUUUUUAAAUUUGCGGAAAGGAUAAUGCAGUCUAAUGCUUUAAAUGAAAAGUGGUUGCGUAACGGCUCCGCUUAAAAUUCGCUUCUUCAUCGUUCCGUUGGUUUUUUUUUUUUUGGUCGCUUCAUCAUUAAAUGCACAAUACAUUGAGUAGAUUUCUUAACAGAAGUUAUCAAAUCAAAAAUAGGACAUUAAGCAAUUCUGUUUAUGUAGAAUUUAACGACGACAAUAUUCUGAGCAGUAAAAUGCUGUUUGAUUAAGUUUUUAGUCGGCAUUUAAUGACUCGAAUCGUUCGGUCUUACAUAGAGAGACUAACUGUUUACUCGCUCUUGUUUGUUUGUGGGUAUUAUGAAAGGGUAGAUACUGUUAUACACUAUCCGGAGUCGAAGAAAACAAAUGGACUAAUUUUUACUAAAAAUAGAAAACUUUCUAAGUUUACCGUCCGUGUUGUUAUUUAGAUUAGUUUUGAUUUAAAAAUUGCAAAACUAAAUAACAAUUUCUUAUCGACGGGACUUUCAAGGUCUGUUUACGUUCGGUAUCAUAAAUAGGAAAUUUUCUGUUUAUGCAUACGACGAAGGAGGAAGAGUAUCUAGGAAGUAUAGUGUAGUUCUCGUUCUCUCGUUCUGCCUGAUCUCGACGGAAAGAAAGAGCACCAAACGUUUAACUCUAGUGGGAAACAACGGAUUAGUUUGGGUAAUUAGAUUGAAGAUUUAGGGUAGAGUACGGGUUAAGCAAGAGACUACAAGUUCAAUGCUCUCUGACAUCCUUCCCCCGCAUCCCCAUUAAAGGAGAGAAAGUAAUUAUUAGCAUUUAGAGUUUGGCGACUAAACGAUCACAUUCUUUUCCACGGGGCGAAUGGUCGGCCGGUCGGUCGGUCGGUCGUCAUUCCACUUUGGGUACCCGCAACAGACUGAUGGCCAGCCGGGGUAGACAACCUCCUUCCGGCAAGAACCAUCUGGCGGGAACAGUUGGAAGUGUAUUGCGGUCCCGGAAGAGGGACCCUCCGUUCCCAUAUCGCAAGGCCGAGAUCGCCAGGGGCACGAAACGGGAGAGGAUAUAAGAAAAAUUACAAUGAAAAGGAUGUGGACUUUCGCAAUUGGUAAUAUGUUAUGGGAAAUUAUUACAAUGACGAGCGGCGCGUGUUAGCGUCGGCGAAGCGACGCGACGCGCGGCUUCGACAGACGGACGUCGUGGAGGUGUCCGUCCUUCGCCGAGGGCGCGGGCGGUUACGCGUCCUACUUCGUUCUCUGGGUUAAUCGGCCAGUUCCACGCGCGUCGACCUAUUUGGCGCUCGCGAUUUGGUCAACCGCGAGUUUCUCGAACGUUUCUGUCGUGGAAUUACCGGGUCCGGGAACAGAAAAACCCUCCUCCUCCUCCUCCCGAGAAAGAGCGUUCGCGACCGAAACAGGUUUUUGGAUACUUCACCUUCCGUACAUUGCUUGCUCCGCACAUCCGGUUGAGGAGGGGAAAAGGGGAGAUAGGCGAAACACGCUUUAUGCCUCUCGCUUACCCGGACUGAAUGAUAAUGAAGUUCAGGCGUUAUCUUUAUAUUCGGGGAUUAAAAAACGGUACGCGUUGCGUCGCGUCGUCGCCGAGACGCACCCUCCCGACGCGUCGAUCUCAAAGCGGAAAGUACUGUACGUCUCGCCCCUUCGUGGCAAGAUUUCAUAUUUUAUUUUUUUAUUUUACCGACCUUCGACCGCACGUUCGGAAGACCGGAGUGCAAAAAAUUUUCCAAGCGUCGACGGCCGAAACGUGACAUCCGGAUCCCCCGGGCCGCGGGGCGAUGCUCGGACGCGAGUGCUAUAUGGCCGAACGCGGAGGAGACGUCACGAACCUGCCCGGCGCGCGACCCCCGUCGGCUUCGGGGUCGAAGGUCUCGCGCGCCCUACGGGCCACGUCCGACGACCGCGCACCUAUCACGCGACGUCGUGGAAGCCGGAACUCGAUAAUGGGAAAUGCCGGCGGCUUGAUCACAACUCGGCGGCAUUCGGCGGACGGGACGAAACUUUGCGAAGCUCCGUGGACUAUCUUCUGUCGGUGUGCCGAGAGGACCAGGCACCGAGGGAACGUCGCUACUCAGCCGAAGCCUACCAACGAGCGGCAUCGGUACGUGAUGACGUCGAGAGGGAGACUGGAGCAUUGCUUCGUCUACAUCCCGAGCACAAAAUGGUGCUAGUGUCGGGGCGCGAGGGGUGCGCGGAGGAAGCGCUGCGCCUUCUGGACCAGCGCGUGGGACCCCCUUCGUCCGCCAGGCAGGGGUUGAAGCAGUGCAGGCUCCUGGAGUCCGAGGAUUCCAGCUACGAUUCCGAUUACGACGUCAACGAUGCUGAAUUCCGCCACGACGACGUCAGCAGGACCGUUUCGGAUACGUUGGCGGCGGAAUACGCCGAGUACGUGGACGAGAAGUCGACGGAUCUACGGGCCAUCGUUUCGGACCCCGAUUACACGUCGCGGGUGGAAUUCGGGCUGAAGCUGGGCUACACCGAAUGCCAGGUGCAGACGGCCCUGCAGAAAGUGGGGGCCCGACCCGGACAGAACGAACUCCUGGCCGAACUCAUUAAGCUCGGCGCCGCCGCCGGAGCCGACGACUGUGGAAGCGACGCGGGCGCCGCUGACGACGCCGGCGACGCGCCGGAUCUACCUUCUUUCGAUGCCGACGUCGACGAUGGAAGCAACCUGAGACACGUCGUGGUCGACGGAAGCAACGUGGCCAUCAGUCACGGGAACAAGGAGUGCUUCUCGUGUCGAGGAAUUAAGAUCUGCGUGGACUGGUUCCGUUCCCGGGGUCACAAAGACAUCACCGUUUUCGUCCCCCGCUGGAGGAAAGAGGCGUCCAGACCGGAUGCGCCCAUCAAAGAUCAAGAGAUUCUGGCUCAGUUGGAGAAGGAGAGGCUGCUAGUGUUUACCCCCUCCCGUUACGUGGGAGGGAGAAGGAUGGUGUGUUACGACGACCGAUACGUCCUGAAAUUGGCGGUGGAGGUGGACGGGAUCGUGGUGUCCAACGACAAUUACCGAGAUUUGGCCAACGAGAACCCCGAGUACAAGAAAGUGGUGGAGGAAAAGUUGCUGAUGUACUCGUUUGUCAACGACAGAUUCAUGCCUCCUGACGAUCCACUGGGACGCCACGGGCCCUCUCUGGAUAAUUUCUUGCGCAAGCAGCCCAAGGCUCCGGAGACCCUUCCGCCGCCUUGCCCCUAUGGAAAAAAAUGUACGUACGGUAACAAGUGCAAAUACUAUCAUCCAGAACGUGGCAACCAGCCACAGAAGUCCAUAACAGAGAGACUGGCAGAGCAGGCCAAGAUUCAGUUGCAAGAAGUCAAAUCUAGGGGACUGAAGAGUAGAGAUUCUUCUCCGGGAACUAAGCUGAAGACACAGAGUUUGCCACCCUCUUCUGAAACCGCUGCUUCCAAGGUGAAAAAGAUGCCACUGUCAAGAACGAAAUCCGUUGCGGCAGCAACUGCACUACCGCAGGAACUGAUAGCCAAAAAAUUGCCUGGAGCAACAGAGUUAGAGAGUAGAAGAAGUGUCGAUGAUAGAUUAAGUGUUUCUGCAGAGCAGAAUACAGAAAAUGCUUCAAGCUGUCUUGCCACGCACCUUCUGUCUAAUGUUGGUGAUCUGCAUAUGGGAGCAUUGGGAAGUUCGUGGUCUCCACUGCCAAUGGGUGUUUCUGCUACGUCCGUUCAGACGUGCGUCAGUAACUGGGCAACUAUUUCUCCUACUCUGCCACAAAACAUAUCCGGAUCCCGGGUGGAAAUGUUUUUGGAACCGGACAAGGGAGGUCACCUUUCCGUUGCCAAGAGACUGUCCGAUCCUGACAAUACUAGCACUUCUGCUGGGCUCAGUUUUAACCAAGCGGCGAGUACAUCUGCAGGAGGAGUGACUUCCGAAGACAAUUCUGCCACUAAUCUCCACAGAAAACUGCAGCGUCAGUUAACACUCAAUCCGGUGUGUGAUCCUCGUUUAUAUCAGCUGAGAGGAUUUUCUGGGGGUACACAGAGAAUGAUGUCUCCACAACCAGAACAUUUUAAUCUCAUAUCACAGCAGGUAGAACAUCCUCUCUUAAUGCAUAGAGCCAGUAGCCAAGAAAACAUUCACUCACGGAGCAGUUAUGUGAGAAAUCAGCACAGGACCAGAAUGUGUAGUGACAACAAGACUUCGCUUUCUGUUCCGUCUCACCUUCAACCGUGGGAAAACUUGACCACUGACAGACAAGAGCACCAUUCUGUCACCAGAAUUGCCAGUGCACCGGAUUCCUACCGGCAGUGGCCUCCACCUUCGGGAAGAAUGCAGAGGCUAAAUAGUACUUCCGACACGAGAUUAAAUGUCUUUCCUGAAGUGACCCCUGCUCAGCAAAUCCAGACUUGUCCUCCAGGAAUGUUGGGAAACUACCUCGGAGAGAUACCCGCGCAAUCGUGGUUGAUGCAGAAUGACACAGUUCCCAUCAGUAGCACUGGACUCCAGAUGAUGGGUGCGACGCCGCCCGUCAUGCAGACGAGUUCCAGAUGGCCAGACAUGCACAGCACAGGAUUAAACAUCAGUCAGCUCAACCAGCCCGUCAGACCCUCCAGUGUACCGCCCCAGGCGGUGCAGUUGGGAACCAUGUCUCCACUGGGCACUCCGCGGGCCAUGUCUCCGGAUCUAUCGGAUGAAUCCAGAUACAAGUUGUACUACCACCUAUCUUCGAUAUUUCCAGAGCAGCAAGUCAGAGCGGCAAUGGAUAUGUAUCCCGAGGAAAAGAAUCCACAGAAGAUAUGUGCAGCCAUACUGACCCUGUAUCCUAAGUAACGAAUGUAUAUACCCUAAUCCCAAACAGUGUAUAUUGGCUUGGAAUUCAAGAAACUGUCAGAAUACGAAACAAGUGGGGAUCGCCGUUAAAGUUUUUAAAAUUGAUAUUGUGCGCUAUCAUGUUUUACAUCACAAAGUAUAACAAUUGCAGUAUUUAUUUUAUAAAUUGUUAUCCUAUCAAGUGAAGAUUUGAAUUUUGUGUGAAAUGUAAUCGGUUUGUGUGAUGACGACCAAUAUUUUUUUUCUUUUUUCACUCUUUCUGAAGCGAGCUUUUAAACGUAUUGCCAUCAUACAAUUUAGAUUUGAUUUUUAUUUGACGUAUCUGCUGCUACCAGACUGCAAAAUGACCGAGGAUUUUACUUCGGAAUUAUUUUUUUUUGCAUUUAGGUGGCAACGAGUACAACUCGGAAACGGUGCAGAGAGCCUACCUCCAAAUACAUCACCUGUUUAUUUUUGUCGAAGCCAAUCUCUUGUCUAGUCUUGUACAAGCUCAAUGCAGUUUUUUGAUAUUCAAAACUACUGUUUCUGAAACUUUAUUUUUACUCUUAGGAAAAACAAAAAUACCAGCAACGACUUCGACCCCUUUUCAAAUUUUGUUGCAAUUUUUGUAACGAAAUUCGAAAACCAAAUCUUCGUGCAUAAUUUUGCUUGCACAUUCCAUUUAUUUUUUACCCAGGGAUGGAUAAUUUCUCAUUCUUGUGAUAAGUCCUAUUACAAUGCUCGAUUUGCUCUGCACGGCCCGACUUUUGUUGAGUAAAAAUCGCACCCGUGUACAGAGUCGUCAUUAUGGUAGCCAAAUCAUCUCUCCAUUAAUAUAGUAAAUGAAUGUAUAUAUAUAUAUAAUUGUUUUUAAAUCGAUUAUCUGGGCGAAAAUAAGGUAUCCGACUAGUGCAAAAAAAAAUAAUAAAGCUGAAACGCUUCUGGCGAGCUGCCGGUAUUGCGGCCAACCGGGAGAGUAUGUAUGUUGAUAAAACAACAUGUAUCAUGAUGUAUCUAAUGUUCAGCUUAUUGUUAUAUACAAUACUGUGUAUUGUCAUUGUAUGUAUAGGGUUCAGGACCCAAUUUUCUUAAAAACAAAGCAGCUGAUAGUAUUUAAGAUAUAUUGUAUUCAGUCUAGUGUCGUUUUUGAUCUGUAAUUUGGUUGUGGUUUAUCUGCAAAACGGCCGUCGGUAACUUAACGUUGGGUUAUUUCCUCUUUAUUUCUACAAACACGCUGUUUUUUUGUUUUUUAAAUAUACAUUAUUAUAUACACAAUAAACUUUUGGGCAUGCACGUGUGGUUCGUUGUUUUAUGGGAACAUUUCUAUUCUCUGUUAAUCUGAAUGUCUGUGUACGGCUGUAAAAUUGUUAAACUGCUGCGUCUCAAUUUUAAUAAAAUUGGUUUGUGUCCAGCA